GCCCAGAGCCGCCAUUACCGAGGCGAGGGACCACCUGACGGACGUCUUUCUAUCAAGGUUUUAGCGAGGAAAGGUGGAUUAAAACUAAACCUCGCCCUGAACAAUCUCCCGACUUUGUUUAUUUUCUUUUUUUUGUAAAUUUAAUUAAUAAAGCCUGAAGCCGAAAGUUUGGAUCUUUACAUAAGAAGAAUUUGAGGUGAAAAAACGGAAAAAAUGGGCGACAAACUCGACAUGUCCCUGGACGACAUCAUCAAACUGAACCGGCAGAAAAGCCCGGGCGGCCGCGGAGGAAGGGGUGGCGGAGGCCGCGGCGGAGGUGGCGGCGGCGGCAUGGGCCGCGGAUCAGGGCGAAUCGGAGCGGGCGGCCUGGCCGGGCGAGGAGCGGCUGGAGUCCGAGGCGGCGGCGGCGGCGGAGGGGGCCUGGGUGUAGGCCUCAUGCGCAACAGACAGAGCGCAAUGCGAGGGAGAAACCGACCAGCUCCUUACAGCAGGCCGAAGCAACUCCCAGACAAGUGGCAACAUGACCUUUUUGACAGUGGGUUUGGAGCUAGCGGAGGUGUUGAGACUGGUGGAAAGCUCUUGGUGUCGAACUUAGACUUUGGCGUGUCUGAUGCAGAUAUCCAGGAACUUUUUGCUGAGUUUGGAACAUUGAAGAAAGCAGCUGUACAUUACGAUAGAUCCGGUCGAAGUUUGGGAACGGCAGAUGUACACUUUGAACGGAAGGCAGAUGCUUUGAAAGCCAUGAAGCAGUAUAACGGUGUUCCCUUGGAUGGGCGACCGAUGAACAUUCAACUAGUUACCUCACAGAUUGAUGCCCAAAGAAGACCCAUAGUUGGAGGAAACAGGGCCAUAAGCCGAAUUCGUGGUAUUGCAUUUGGGGGUGGAAAUAGACGUUCCAGAGGAGGCAACAGAGGCGGAAGAGGUGGUCGAGGUGGAAGAAAUUUGCGGCAGCAGCUUUCAGCAGAAGAGCUGGAUGCCCAAUUGGAUGCUUAUAAUGCUAGGAUGGACACAAGUUAAGCGAUCUUGGAUUUGGCAUUUAUUAUUUUCCUUAUGGGAGGGACAUGAACAAUAGUCUAGGAACUCCAUGGAAUAAGUUUUUAAAUCUAUGUAACUUUUUAAGUCACAGUCCUGUUUUGUACUGAAUGUUUUCAUUUUGGGGUAUGUUUUAUUGGUUGCAUGUUUUCAUGGGAGGAUGGGCACCCCACCACCAUGAAAUAAAUUUGCACUGUUAACUGAAAUCUGGCUUUCUUGUCUCAUUGCAAAUUAGAGAACCAUGUAACAGUUGGCACUGCGCAAAGCACAACUGAGGUUUUGUAAUAUUCUGCAUUCGUUGAGAAUACUCGGAGUGGGUUUGUCCAGUUGUUACCAAAUAAGCUAAAGAUUGGCUUUGGACUGAAUGUGGAAUUACUAAUCAAAAUAAAGUACGACUGUAUUGUG